AUGGUUGUUUUAGUUUCAGCAGAUGAUGUCAAGUAUACGGUCGACAAUAAGACGGCCUCGCGAAGUGUACUUAUUAAGAAUAUGAUGGAAGACCUUGGAGAUGAUACUGCAGAGAUUCCACUGCCAAAUGCUACUUCGAACGUGUUGAAGAAGGUGAUUGAAUACUGCGAGCACCACAAAGAUGACCCCAUACCCCAUGCUGACGAGGAUAGCGAGCAGACUAAGAACGCCACUGACAUUUCUGAGUGGGAUGCCAAAUUUUUCCAGGUAGAUCAGGAGUUGUUAUUUGAGAUUUUGCUGGCAGCAAACUACCUUGACAUUCGGUCGUUACUUGAUGCUGGGUCCAAAACUGUGGCCAAUAUGAUUCGUAACAAAACCCCCGAAGAGAUUCGCAAGACGUUUAACAUUUACAAUGACUUUACACCUGAGGAGGAACAACAGAUUCGGCGCGAAAAUGAAUGGGCUGAGGACCACUAA